AUGUACAUUCAUCGGGCACGCAUCGACUGGCUGCGCAUCGCGAUGCUGUUAGCGGCACGCCCUCGGACCCGCUUAACCAAGGAUCCUCGACAGGCCCAUCGAACCAAGAGGUUGUCCCGGACUUUGGAAAUCUCGAGUCGCCUCAUGGAGGGUAGCAAUUGUUGCCCUUAG